GAUUUUAUAAUUCUCUCCGGAAGAAGAGCGUCGCAUCUUGUAAGGAGCCACAGAGGAAACUUCACAGUUCCGAAGUUAUCAGAGUCUAAUAUGGGAUUUGGCGUGCUGGGAGUGUUUCUGGGGCUGCUCCUGGAGGUCUCCACACAUGGACCUCAUGCUGUGCCCCGAACUUCCUGGAGACACCAAGAUUUAGAGCUGAUGGAGUUCUCAGAGCCCGGGAUCUUCAACUACUCCACGUUGUUGCUGAGUGACAAAAGGGAUGCUCUGUAUGUGGGAGCCAGGGAGGCCAUCUUUGAGCUCAGCAAGAAGAAUGUGACAGUCAGAAACAACAAGGUUCAGUGGACAGUUGCAGAAAACCCCAUGCUGAUGUGCACGCUUAAAGGAAAAUCAAAAGAGAGGGAUUGUCUAAACUACAUCCGAGUGCUCCAAGUCGUAGAUGACGAGCGGCUGUAUGUCUGUGGCACACACGCUUUUCAACCGCAGUGUGAUUACUUGAACCUCGCUGACUUUUCUUUGCAUGGUCGACCUGAAGAUGGCAGGGGAAAAUGCUCCUUUGACCCCUCCCAAAGCUUCACCACGGUCAUGGUUGAUGGAGAGCUGUACUCAGGAACAGCUUAUAACUUCUUAGGCAGUGAACCGAUUAUUUCCAGAUACUCUCCAUACCAGUCCCUGCUGAGGACAGAGUACUCCACAUCGUGGCUCAAUGAGCCCAGUUUUGUUUUUGCCGACGUGAUCAGAGAAGGGAGAAACCAAGCAUAUGGCGAGGAUGAUAAAAUCUACUACUUCUUCACUGAGGUGUCAGUGGAGUAUGAAUUCUUUGGCAAGCUGCUCAUCCCCAGGGUGGCGCGCGUCUGUAAGGGGGACCUCGGGGGGCAGCGCACUCUGCAGAAGAAAUGGACGUCCUUCCUAAAAGCCAAGCUGGUGUGCUCCAUGCCUGAGCUCAACUUUGUCUUCAACGUAGUUCAUGACGUCUUCAUUCUGAAGGAGUCGGACUGGAGGGACACAGUCAUCUACGGCGUCUUCACCUCCCAGUGGGGUAAUGUGGGCUUGUCAGCUGUGUGUGCCUAUAACAUGACAGCUGUGGAGGAUGUCUUCUCCAAGGGCAAGUACAUGCAGAAGGCCACAGUGGAGCAGUCCCACACUAAGUGGGUGCGGUACAAUGGCAUCACUCCUUCUCCACGUCCUGGAGCAUGUAUUAACAACCUGAUGCGACAGCAGAACAUCAGCAGCUCUCUCCACCUGCCAGACAAGACCCUUCAGUUUGUUAAGGACCACCCCCUGCUGGAGGAUCCCGUCCUGCCCAUCGGCAACGGGCCUCGCCUCAUCACCAAAGACGUCAACUACACUCAGAUCGUUGUAGAGAGGGUGCAAGCGCUUGAUGGGAACAUUUAUGACGUAAUCUUCACUGGAACAGAUAAGGGAGUCCUGCACAAGUCGGUGGUGUUUGAAGGAGACGUUCAUAUUGUGGAGGAGAUCCAGCUCCUGAAGAACUCUGAGCCCAUCAAGAACUUACUGCUGUCCUCGGAGACACGGUCCCUGUAUGCUGGUUCAGACUCGGGCGUUGUCCAGUCCCCCACAGCGUUCUGUGGGAGGUAUUCGUCCUGCGAUGACUGCGUCCUGGCACGAGACCCCUACUGUGCCUGGAACCGUCAUACUGCCGCCUGUGUCAGUAUCUUUGAUGCUCCCAGACAACAGCCCAGGAAUCUAAUCCAGAGCCUGAAUGGUGACGCAGACAAGUGUCCAUCAGUGUCACGUCUGUCUCUGAAGGACUACCGACAUGUGAGGGUGAAACCGGGAAGCUCUGUUGAGCUGCCGUGCCUGGUACCCUCCAAUCUAGCCCAGGUGAAUUGGAAAUCCAACGGCUCGGUUCUCACUGAGGCCUCUCGCUUCCACCUCAUUGGCGAAAACGGUCUCCUCAUUUACAGCGUGGCUCCAGAGGAUCAAGGUCAUUACGAGUGCUGGUCCGUGGAGUGGGCCCCCGCUGCUGGAAAGAACUUCACCCGCCUCCUGGCCGGAUACAUCCUUACUCUGGAUCUCCCGCCCAGACCCCCGCAGCAGGGGGGCCACGUCACCACCACCCUCGGCAGCCAGGAGACAUCUAGCACACAUGCCGCUGAAGGUAAUGCCUCCUCUCCUGUCGACACUUCAUCUUCCCUGUCCUCCUCUGGAAGUAGCACUCCCUCUGCCCUCCCUUCCUCCUCCUCCUCUUCUUCCUCCUCUACUUCCACCUCCUCCUCUUCCUCCUCUGCCAAGCCCCACAGCGUGGAGGCUCGGGAGGCAGAGGUGAGACUUCUGCCUCCCUUGCUGAAGGAUCAGGCCUGGGGGGUUCAUGCCCAGGAGGCCUUCCUGCUCUUCUGCCUCGCCUUGGGUCCCAGUGAUGUCCACAUUCACUGGCUAAUAAAUGGACACACUCUGGACACCCCCAUAAUGGAGUACCGCCUGCCAGUGGGUCAGAGAGAGGUACUAGUGAGCAGCUGGCUCCGAGAGGGGCCGCUGAUCAAAGACGCCCGUUACCACUGCGUUGCUGAGGCCAGCACAGGAAAUGACAUUUCUGAGGUGGACCUCCACCUCACUAUUGGAGAUGAGGAGAGCAUUCCAUCCAGGGAUUUGAACCAAUGGAGAGGUGCACUCACAGAGCAUGAGCAACUGCUAAAAAGAUGGGAAAAGGCCUGGGAAAGCUGUGAUGGCCACCGAGCUCUGUGAAGAUGUCACAAGCUUCACUUGUGUUGGCUGAAUCUAGGCGUGAACAUGGUCCUCAGCCCAGGUGGACCACAUUUUUGACAUUAAAACGAUCAUAAACAGCUAGAAUGUAUAAAAAAAGUCCCAGUGUCACUUCUUUGACACUGCAGUUUGAUGGACCGUGACGCGAAGCACUCACAACACCUGCCUUCUGCAGGGGCUCACCUGGUUGUGACGAUGGACGGUGCUGGGACUCCUGCCAAACCUGACGAGGAGAUGAACCUCAUUGGUUGCCUCUGUCCGAGGACGCAUGGGCUACCUUUUUACCAGGAAUGCAUUUAUUUCUAUUUUUACUGAUGAAAUGAACGUCCUGAAAGCAGUGCUUGUAUGGAACAAUAAAACAUGCGGUAUAUGAGGAAUGCUGAUAAAUGUUUGUAGAUGAUGCAGCAUCUGUGACAGGUCAGGCCUGUUUAUAGUGUGAUUUAUUUUUGCACGUUCCCUGCCUUCCAAAUCCUCUUUUUGGUCCUUCACAGCUACCUUGUAGUUUGAAAUCUUCCCUUGAGAAAUCUUUAUUGGGCAUUCAUUCUUUUUUUCUUUCAGAAUCAAAGCUCAGCCUUAUUCAAAGGAUUUGAUUCCAGGAAUGGAGCAGGUUACUGUGGGAGGCCUUUUCAACAAAAGUAUACCUCUCAUGUCCGACAUUUAGUAAGGUUAUAUCACCCAAAGUUAAAUUCAGAUAAAACCCCAGCAUCCAAGAAGGACUUAAAUCCAAGGAUGGCAGUGGUGGAUUAGUUAGACUGCACCUUCCUGCUUUCUGUCUGCAGUUAGUUUUUCUUUACUUUGAAACUGUGACUUCCUAUUUGCCUUUGAA